GUUCCCUGCGGACCUCCCCUGCGCUGAUGGCCUUCGACAUCGAGCAGACCUUCCCCUCGAUCAGCCAAGGUUGGCUGCAGAUGGCCAUCGAGACGCUUCGCCUUCCCCAGCCCCUGAAAGCCGCGCUGAAGGCUAUUAGUCGCUUGCGCGCCGCGCUUCUGGCGGCUGACGCCAGCUGGGCCGACUUCACCUUCGUCUCAUCGGUGACGCACCUGGGUUUCCAGGUCGGUCCAGGCGCGUCGCACGCAGAUCAGUGGCGCGCCCCCUUGGCGAAGCGCGCGCUCCGCAUGACGGAGAUCAGCCAGCAGGGCGCGCCGCUCGGGGUGGUGGAGGAGCACGAUCGGGCGCGCGCCCUUCCAGGCCCCCCCUACGUGGCCCAGCGGGCGCCGCUGGGAUGGCAGGAGGCCCGGGGCCAGCGCGCGCUCAUCGCUCGCCUCCUGCGAGCGCCGUGCCCCAUGCUGCGCGCGUCCGACUGCUUCGCGCUGGCGUGCUGGAACGGACCGAGGUUCGACUCUAUGUAUGCUAUG